AUGAAGGUAACGGACAGAGAAAUCACUUGCUGGCUGUUCUUCACUGUGAUCUGCCUGGUGGCCUCCACCAGGGGCAGGGCCUGUCCUCGCCUCUGUGCCUGUUAUGUGCCCACAGAGGUACACUGCAUGGUUUGGUACUUGACCUCCAUCCCAGACAACAUCCCCCAUGAUGUGGAGCGUAUCAAUUUAGGGUACAACAGCUUGGCUAGACUGACAGAAAUGGAUUUUUCUGGCCUCAAAAAAUUGGAGUUACUAAUGCUUCACAGCAAUGGCAUUCACACAAUCCCUGCUAAGACCUUCUCAGAUCUGCAGGCCUUGCAGGUCUUAAAAAUGAGCUAUAAUAAAGUCCAAAAACUUCAGAAAGAUAAUUUUUAUGGCCUCAGGAGCUUGACAUGGUUGCUUCUGGACCACAACAGUAUUGAGUUUAUAAACCCAGAGGUUUUCAAUGGACUUACCUUUCUCCGAUUGGUGCAUUUGGAAGGAAAUCAGCUCACUAAACUCCAUCCAGAUACAUUUGUGUCUUUGCGAUACCUCCAGAUAUUUAAAGCAUCAUUCGUUAAGUAUCUAUACUUGUCUGAUAACUUCCUGAGCUCCCUUCAUCAAGAGAUGGUCUCUUAUAUGCCUAAUCUGGAAAGUCUUUAUCUUCAUGGAAACUCCUGGACCUGUGAUUGCCACUUAAAAUGGUUGUCUGACUGGAUACAGGAGAAGCCAGAUAUAAUAAAAUGCAAAAAGAACAGAAUUCCCCCCAGUCCUCAGAAAUGUCCACUUUGCAUGAACCCCAGGACCUCUAAAAGCAAGCCCUUAGCUAUGGUCCCAGCUGUGGCUUUCUGGUGUGCCAAGCCAAGCAUUGACCCAUCCCUGAAACUGAAGAGCCUGCCGAUUUUGGAAGACAGUGGUUCUGUGUCCAUGUCUCCCCAAGAUUUCAUGUCACCCUUGGGCUCCCUCACAUUGAAUCUGACAGACCAGUCUGGAAAUGAAGCGAACAUGGUCUGCAGUAUCCGGAAGCCCUCCCAGACAUCCUCCAUUGCACUCACUGAGGAAAAUGACUACAUCAUGCUAAAUACAUCAUUUUCAACAUUUCUGGUGUGUAACAUAGAUUACAGUCACAUUCAGUCAGCUUGGCAAGUUGUGGCUUUGUACAGUGACUUUCCUCUGAUACUAGAAAGGAGCCACUUGCUCCCUGAAACAACACAACAUGGCUACCAAUAUAAUCAAGUGGUUCCUGAGCCCAAAGACAUUUUUACCAACAUAGAGGCUGUUCUCAAAGCAGAUCCCCUUUGGCUAAUGCAAGACAGAAUUUCCUUGCAACUAAACAGAACUUCCACCACACUCAGUGCACUGCAGAUCCAGUACUCUAGUGAUGCUCAGAUCUCUUUACCAAGGGCAGAGAUGAGGCCAGUGAACCACAAAUGGACCAUGAUUUCCAUGGAUAACAAUACUAAGCUGGAACGCACUGUUUUGGUCAGUGGGACCAUUGACCUAAAAUGCUCAGGCCUGGGAGACCCACAUCUGGAGUGGGUUCUAACUGAUGGAAGUAAAGACACCCCUUAUGUUAGUGAGGAUAGAUGAGUCCUAAUAGACAGAAGUGUUCAGAUGGCUAACAGCUUUGACACAGGCACAUACCACUGCAUAAGCACCAAUUAAGAUGAUCCAGAUAUUCUCACCUACAGGAUUACUGUGGUAGAGCCCUACAUCAAAACCUACCAUGAAAAUUGUAUUCAUCACACAGCAUUCAUUGAUGAAACACUUGACCUCCCAUGCCAUUCUACUGGUAUCCCAGAUGCCUCUGUUAGCUGGAUUCUUCUAGGAAGAACUGUGCUCUAAAAGUCCUCAAGAGAAAUUCUCAACAACGGCACACUAAGGAUAUUACAGAUCACCCCAAAAGACCAGGGUCAUUAUCAUUGUAUAGCAGCCAACCCAUCAGGUAUAGAUUUUUUGUUAACAAAAAUUUCAAUCAAAACAAAAGGGCGAAAGACAGUGGACCGUGAUGUAGAAACAGAUGGCUCUGGACUGGAUGAGCCUAAUCCCGCGGCUCACUCUCAAGAGCCCCCAGUCACCCAACCCCCUACAGCUGCUCCAGUGGAACCUGCAGUGGGAAACCAAGCCUCCAGCACGAGGGAGAAGCACAACUACUGGGAACCAGUGCACCUGGGGGGUGGAGAUUCAACAACCUGCCACUUUAGGGAGCACAGGAAGCAGUUCCCUCCCUCUCUUCAGAGAAUUGACCCAUUACGCUGGGCAGCACUUUUGGAAAAGAAUGUUGUGUCAGAGAGGAAGGAGAAAAGCACAACAAGGCCACUUCCCCUGGUCACCGAGCUCCUGGACAUACAUGGUGAGGAAGUGGACUCUUCAGGCCUGCUCUCUCCAAAUGAGGAAUUUAAGGUCCUGGCAACUGAAGUUCGCAGUGUUCUGGUAAGGAUCAGGGCUGCCCACCCCAGGACAGUAUCUAACAGCCCUGUGACAAAUACAACAGCUGGCACCAAAGUCUCCCACAUUGCAAGUCCACAAACACUACCACCAGGGAAACCAGUAGAUUCCAAACGGUAUGCUGCUGCUGAAACUACAGCUGUGUCAAUGGAUGUAAACCGAGCCACAUCAAGCAAAAGGCAAGGUGCAGCAAACCAAAAGGUACCCACCAUCUCUCUUCUGCUACCUAAAGAAACUCAGUUUCAUGGCAGUGACGACAUGGGGAAGAGGAGAGAGCAUCUGGAAACUGUCCACCCAGUAACAGAGGGAACUGCAGCUGAAGAUGUCAAUAUCAAAAUGCUUCAUAGUGCUAACAACAAAGCUGAUGUGUUCUCAGGGGCAGUAAGUGCCAUGGAAAGUCAUCAGACAUCUGUAACAGGAACCAGUAAACCCAGGAGCAACUGCAUCUCUUCUCCUAUGACUCAAAAGCUUAGCAUCUCUAAGCGCCCGUUGAGCACACACACUCCUGCAUAUUCUCAGUUACAGAUUUCUAGAAAUAGUACAAUUAACAUCCCGUUAUACAGACGCUUUGGAAGAUGGAGGAAAAUCUGGGGCAGGGGGAAAAUUAUCAGCUCAUACAGAACUCCACUUCUCUGACAGCACAGAUACAGCUUUGUGAGACCAAUUUUCAGAGGCUCUUCUGAAGAAAGUGGCAGUGCAUUUCCAUCCACAGGGCACAACAAGGGCUGCCCGUCCAGUUCUCCCAAAGGCUCGCCACUUCCACAGCAGCAAGAUCAGCUGCAACUCACCACGAUCUCACCGCAACACAGUCCUGUCAGUCUCCCACCAGUGAAGCAGCUGCUCUUCCCUCCUGUUCACACUGUACCUCCUAGUAUCUCAAUCAAAGAAUCAAGUACACAUUUCAUAUCAAUGCAGACAGCCACCCUGACGACUCCCUCUCCUGCCCCUGUAUCUGUCAUCAGUAAAACCCAAAUAAUCAGACCCAGGACACGAAAAGUCCAAAGGAAAAAGGAGCCUCAGGAGAACAGGAAUGACCCAAACACCUCUCCAAACCAGAGUUCUGGCUUCAGAACAACCAGGGCUAUGACACCUCCUGAUCUCACUUCCCAUGAAACUUCAGCCCAGCCCAGUGUCUCUGUUUUCACUCAUUCUCCCAUAGAAAGCACAAAAGGAAUCUCAAGCAUAAUUGGUCUUCAUCCAAGAACACUUAAUCUGACAGAUACAGGUGAGAGACUACCCCAAGAGAGUACUCAAACUUUGAGCACAACUGCUUCUGAAACCACUUGGUCCAGAAGACCACACCAGACUACAUCUAGAAAUACAAUCCCUAGGCACUCAACCGUGCCACCCGUCCUGAGCAGCUGUGCUACUCCAGCACCCAUCCACACCUCCCUGCCUCUGAGCGAUCAAAGUGCAGUUACGGGUAAUGUGGCAAAUUACUCUUCCAGGAUAAUGACAAAUAUAAUGGCCAGGCCCCAUGAGUCCUCAGGGCACAAUGCUAAUCCACAGGAAUUAGUGGCAGAGAUUGCUACACCUUCCAAAGCUCGCCCAAAUGCCAAAUACACAAUGGGAACCACCACUUUCUAUUCCAGUCUCUUACAGUCUACUCCUGUGCCAGCACUAACAAUAGUCAAACCACAGAGUUCUAAAUUGACUCCCUCUUCCUUGUCAGAAAACCACUUCUGGAACAAGUCAUACCGAGAAAUUGCUGAAAAAGGCAAAAAGUCAAUAGUGAGCAUGUUGCCCACCCCAGGCUUGCCAGAGGACACCACUCGUGUUUCAAACUGGGAUAUACGGAAGAUUGCAAAGAAAAGUCGCUUUGAUAAGAUACCAGUUCAGAUAACAACUUCUGAACUCCUUCCCUGUGACUCUUUGUCCAGGAAUGUAUUAGAAAGGCCCAGAAUAGUUGGAGGAAAAGCAGCAAGUUUCACUGUUCCAGCUAACUCAGUUGCCUUUCUUCCUUGUGAGGCUGUUGGGAAUCCCCUCCCCACCAUCCACUGGACCAGACUCUCAUCAGGAUUUCAUUUGUCUAAAAGGAAAGAGAACAGCAGGUUCCAGGUGCUCCUGAAUGGCACUCUGGCCAUAAAGGAGGUGGACAUUCAGGACCGUGGACAGUACCUGUGCUCUGCUUCCAAUGCCCUGGGCACAGACCACCUUCACGUCACCUUGUCUAUGGUUUCCUAUCCUCCCAGGAUCCUGGAGAGACGUAACAAAGAGAUCAUAGUCCAUUCUGGAAGCACUGUAGAAUUGAAGUGCAGUGCUGAAGGUAGACCAAGCCCUAUGAUUUAUUGGAUUCUUGCAAACCAAACAGCGGUCUCAGAAUCCUCUGAGGGGAAAAGGCAGGCCCUGGUGAAAUCUGACGGAAUGCUGGCCAUUCACAGUCUCAGCAUCUACGACAGGGGCUUUUACAAAUGCAUUGCCAACAACUCAGCUGGCUAGGACUCACUGCUGGUUAAACUUCAAGUCAUUGCAGCCCCACCUGUCAUUGUAGAACAAAAGAGGGAAGUCAUUGCAGGGAUGUGGGGUGAAAGUUUGAAACUGCCUUGUACUGCAAAAGGAACUCCUCAGCCUAGUGUCCACUGGGUCCUCACUGAUGGCACAGUGACACCAUUACAGUUGAUCAAUUCCAAGUUGUUCUUAUUUUCAAAUGGGACACUGGAUGUAAGAAAUGUAGUUUCUUCAGACAGGAGCACUUAUGAAUGCAUUGCUACCAGCUCCACUGGCUCAGAGAGAAGAGUGGUAAUUCUUACAUUAGAAAAGCAAGAGACCAUCCCCAGGAUAGAAUCUGCAUCCCAGAAGUGGACUGAGGUGAAUUUUGGGGACAAAUUACUACUGAAAUGCUUAGCCAUUGGGGAAACCAAGCCCAAAAUAAUCUGGAGGUUACCAUCCAAGGCUGACGUCGACCAGUGGCACAGGUAAACCAUACCAUUGUGUUGAGAUUAUCUUCUUUAUCUAUUUAGAUGUACAACUUCUGAAAUGAAAAGUCAUACAGUGAGGCUGUUUUAGAGAGCCCUUAGACUCUGCAAGUAACUCUGAAGAGACCUAUUCCUUUUGAGAUUAAUAUAAUAAAUAAUAUAAAAACCAAGAUUCUUUUAUGCUAAACUCUAAGGCAAACUUGUUGAGUUUAUAUAGUUAAAGAAGAAUAAAAUUCUUAUUUGCUUUCAUACUUGUAACAGUUUUAAAAUGGUAACUGUGUAGGCACACUCAUAAUUCCUCUAUCCAGGAAAGAGGAGGGAGUUUUGUAAUGCAACCAAGGCUCUGGAAAGACAUACUCUUACUUCACUCUUGAAGGGCCUCCUAUCCAACAUUUUAAAUUUCAGUAUAAUCUGUCAUUUCUUCUAGCCUAAGAUUGCAAAGCACUUUAUGAAAGUCACAUUAAGACCUUCACAAAGUGAAAUAUAUUCUGGAUCUGCAUCACUCCAAUGCUGUCAGACCCAUAAAUACACAUAAAAAUUUCCUCUAAUAUGCUCUCUUACAGGCAUAUUCAUUUUUAUCUGAUUUUCUGUAUAUAUUAAACCCUGUCUCUGAAAAUAAUUAUAGCUUAUAAGAGUUACAAAGUUAGGCCAUUUGAAUGACUUUGUGCAGUGGCUUUCUGUAUGACAGAAAAAGAUCGGAGUGAGCAUUUACAUUUUUUAUAUUUUCUUAUUCAUUAAUAGAAAAUAUCCAUGCAGAAGAGACUAGACAUAAUAGAGUUGAAUUUGUACUCAUGCUCAGAUGUUGAAGAAUAGAGUUCUUUUUCUAGUGUCACACUAUAAGCUGGUUUUGAAUGUAGUAAAUGAAUUUGGCUUGUGAUCUUUAAUUCAAAUGUGUUUAUUUUCAGGUUUUUCAAUAAGACAUCAAGAUUAUCUGGCCAGUGUUAAAUUGAAAUUAGUUUAGAUUUUAAAUGUUUUUAAAUGCUGAGUUCUAAGAUGUAAACUUUAGGAAUGACAUGUUUACUAUACAUACAACCAUUUAUGACAAAAUAUUUUUGAUGUUUCAUCAAUUUCUGCAUUUACUAUUAUAUUAGCAGGUCUCAUUUGUUUGCCUUUAAGUACUUAUUUUAUUAAUGUUGAAUGGCAGUUCUCUUUUCUGAAAUGAAUGCAUUUAAAAUAAAUUCCAUGGAGCAUGGUGAUGAUUCUCAUUUACCCAGAGAGAGCUCAUUAUUCUGUGUAAUUUCCAACAUCAUUUUCAUUACCAAUACAAAACGUAUAAAAGGCAUUACAUUUGUGAUGGGAGUAAGAAAUAAAGUUCAAAACCUAGGUUGUAAAGUUGAGGCCUACAACAUUUAUCUUCAUUAAGUCAAUUAUAGAAAGUGGAAAUCUUUUGUCAAGAGCUAUGAAAAAAUGUAAGGGAAUGUGUUAACGAGUUAAUCCAGAGGAAGUCUGGUGAGUAUUCUAAAGCACAUUACCUCAAUAUCUCAGAAUACACCUUGACCAAAUGUUCCAACAAAUCCCUCAGAGAUAUCGAGCAGAAGAACAGGUAGCCAUUUUAGAUUUUGUUUUGGGAAAGUAUUUACAAAACAUGGAAAGAUAGUUCAUACUAUUGAAGAGGCAGCAGAGUGUGUAAAGAUCACAGAUGCUAUCAUGGGC